AUGUCUUCGACCGAGCGUCUUCGGAAGGACCCCGACACCGAGGCGCGUGAGGUCAAUAGGCAAGUCGCUGUUUUAAAGACGAAAGAAGCUGAGCUCCGCCAGCUAGACAAGGACAUUCUCGAUCUCACGGAAGACGAGGCUAUUGAAGGAGAAGUCGAGGGCGCAUGCGACUACCACGAGAAGAUUCUGUACGCGAUUGCUGAUGCGCAGUUCUUCCUGUCACAGCGUCAACAGGCGACCGGUCUCAGCGGCCCGUCUAGGAGUGAACCCAAUGACGACCGGGUAGCAGCCACCCAGAGCAACAUCGGAUCUGCUGAGGCGCCGCCAGGACCCGUCAGUACGCCACGCUACCGGUCGGUCGGGCUUCCAACGCUUCAGGUCCCGACGUAUGCCGGAGAUUUACGUCAGUGGCAAGAAUUCUGGGACCAUUACAGCGCUACGAUUCACGAGAACACCGAGUUGCCGCCCAUCGAGAAAUUUAAGUAUUUGCUGACGUACCUGCCGGGAGCGGCCAAGCGAGCUAUCGAAGGCAUCAGGCUGGCUGAUAACUAUGAAAUUGCCGUGACCACACUGAAAGACCGCUUCGGUCGACAAGAAUUACUAGUCAACGAGCAGAUCGACCAGCUUCUUGCAUUGUCGCCCGUGAGGAGUUCCAAGGAAGUGGAGAAGCUUCGGGUGCUGCAUGACACUGCGCGUUUCCGCGUAAGUGCGCUCCAAGGUCUUGGUGUACCACCUGAGCAGUACAUUGUGGUGCUGCAUCGGGUGCUAAUGAGGUGCUUGCCAGAAGACUUGAGGAUAAUGUACCGACAGAAGAAGAAGGAGGAGAGCACGCGUGGUACUAAUGCAUCAGCAGAGUCCACACCCCCUGAAGCGAGAACGCACAAGGCGACCGAUAUUUUAGCGUUCCUGAAAAUACAGGUUGAAGUGCGUGAGGAAGGGAAGCAAGAAGCGGCGUCAUCGUAUACGCAGAACUCGAUCACGGAACCUGGUGACAUGAGCUCGCCGACAAGAUCUUCGCAGGGCAUUCCAUCGGCAUCCGCGCUAGCGGCGACGGAAUCUCUACAGCAGCGCACGCCUUGUGUACUGUGCGACAGCCGAGGUCACGGCCUGGCAGAGUGUACGGUCGACUUAUACGCCGACGAGAAACGGGCCAGGUUGCUUAACGCUCGGUGCUGUUACAAGUGCAGAAUGCGCAAUCAUGUCGCACGGUUUUGCAGAGUCUCCCUGAACCUUACGUGCAACAAGUGCCAACGCCGACACCUAACGGUCCUUUGCGAGCUGUCACGGGCCGUCAACACGACCGCUGCUCCUACACCAACAGUACCGGGCGGCUCGUCCGGCUCUACCUCACCGACAGUAACUACGGCGUCAACCAGCGCUACAGAAGCCAAGUCCGUGCUGCUUCAGACGGGCCGUGUUUGGGCGGAGAGCGGACCGCGAGAGCUCCUGGUGCGUGUGAUGCUUGACAGCGGCAGCCAGCGUUCUUUCAUCCGCACCGAUGUUUCCAAGAGAUUGCAGUGUAAGGUCAUUGGCAGGGAAGAGCUGUCAUUGGUAACGUUUGGAAAUGCCAAGCCACGGAAUCAUUUACGUUGUCGACGCGUCUCUGUCACGCUGCGUGGACACUUUAACGGCAGCACCGUCGCAUUGGAAGCACUGGAAGUCCCCGAAGUGUGCACCGUGACAAGUCCACCGCUGAACAUUGAAGUGCUCGAGUUGUUGAGCGCCCGGAGGUAUGAUGCUGCGGACAUGUUUGACCCGGAAACUUGGCACCCAGAGGACGUCAGCAUAUUAAUUGGCUCGGACGCUUAUUGGAAGGUCGCCACGGGAAAGAAUGAUCGCCUCAACGAGCAACUCACUGCCGUGGAAACGUCGUUCGGGUGGACUGUGCAGGGCAGUAGCUCGCACUACGAAGCUACAGAGCCUGGCAUUCCUGCCGGUAGUGACAACAGGCAGCUUGCAGCACGUCGACUAAAUCUGCAGCUUAAACGAUUCAGGGAACAACCCGACCUGCUGAAACAGUACGUCGAAGCCAUCACUGCUUAUUUCAAGGAUGGUCAUGCCGAAAGAGUUGAUCAAGAGCAGAUUCCAGGCCCGAACAUUUAUUACAUGCCGCAUCAUGCUGUGAUCCGUCGAGAUGCAGUGAGCACCAAGCUCCGGGUUGUUUUUGACGCGUCGUCACAUGUCGUCGCAAAACCGUGCCUGAAUGACGUUUUAUCGAAAGGGGUUAAGCUUGGUGUUGGCCACGACAACGUGGCCAUUGAGACUGAAACAGGAGAUGACCAUCUCAUGAAGGUUUUGGGCGUGCCGUGGGAGCGUAAAGGCGAUACCAUCGCAUUGACAGUGCGCAACGCAGCCUCCUUUGCCACAAACAGUCCGGCCACCAAGCGCACGAUCCUUCAAACUGUAGCUAGAGUUUACGAUCCGCUCGGUUAUCUUUCCCCCUUCACUGUGAAAGGGAAGCUAAUUUUCCAAGACCUGUGGAAGCGGAAGCACUCCUGGGAUGACACGCUGCCAGAUGAAAUACAAGCUGCAUGGAACGCGUGGUGCGCCGAGUUACCAGAGUUCCAGGCACAGAUUCCUCGCUACGUGUUUCUGCACAACAGUAGUGCAGAGCUCGCAUUUGAACUGUACAUAUUUACUGAUGCCAGUGCUAAGGCUUAUGGUGCGUGUAUCUACGUUCGGGCGCUUUCUGCCGACGGGGCAUGCGUCACACGAUUGCUCAUCAGCCGAAGUCGUGUCGCUCCGCUCCAGACGAUGUACCUGCCGCGACUGGAGCUGAUCGCCUGCGUUAGUGGAGCACGGCUAGCGAAGUACGUACGGUCCGUGCCACUUCUCCAGCAGGCAUCUGCUCGAUUUUGGACCGACUCCCUCGUCCCUCUUCACUGGAUCCGAGCAAAAAGAAGAAAUCGAGAUCUUUUCAUCAGCAAUCGUGUGGCCGAGAUAUCUAAGCUCACUAAUCCCGACACCUGGGCGCAUUGCAGCAGCGGCGAGAAUCCUGCCGAUCUACUCACCCGUGGCGUGUCUGCAAAGGCGCUUUUGGAGUCGGAUAAAUGGUGGCACGGUCCCCCUUGA